AGGGAGAGUCUCUGUGAAUAUGAGGAAAAUAUGAAGAUGAAGCUGCAGGACUAAAGGUGGAUUUCUACAGCCUUCCUUCCUCUCUCCCUACGCACCCUCGUCUGCAGUAUCCUUUUGUACAUGGAUGCUGGCUUGUGAACACGAACCAGACGCCUUGAAUUCUUGGGGAGAUAUCAAACAGAACAAAACCCAGACGAGACUUUGUAUCACAAGGAUCAAGCGGGCAAAACAUUGUGCUAAAGUGGAUGCAUGCAGAAGUCAAACAAGGCCAAUGCACCAUCAGAGCCAUGUGGGAGGCAAAAAAGGAGUUUUUGUUUUUCCCCUGCAUCCAGUCAAAUCAGUCUCUCUACUAACACAUGCCUAACAAUCCCUGGCUCUCAGUCUGAUUCUUUCCUCAGGCAGAGCCCCUGCUAUGCACCCCAGCUCCCCUGAAUUAGGCAGGCAGUCCAACCUCAGUGCCAGGAGCUGUGUGGGCAUCCCACAAGUCUGGGUUCUGCCCACACAGUACUCACAGACUGCCCUAGAACAAAAAAAAAUGAAAUACACCAGAGUCCCUCCUCUGUGUGGUGGCUCCUCUCACUCUUGUUAAAUUGGACUUUUGUGUUGUUCUGUCUGCAUCUCCCCUGAGCUGUUAUUGUUUCCUGAGCGGAAACCUCCCGACUCCACCACCAGCUGUAUAAUUUGCUUUCAAAUUAAGGACCAGCACGAGUUCCCUUGUGCUCACCACCUGGUGGAGGAUCAUGGGAUGCCGUCAGAGCUCGGAGGAAAAGGAAGCAGCGAGACGCUCACGUCGGAUUGACCGCCACCUGCGCUCGGAGAGUCAACGGCAGCGGCGUGAAAUCAAGCUACUGUUGCUAGGGACCAGCAACUCGGGCAAGAGCACCAUUGUCAAACAGAUGAAAAUAAUCCACAGUGGUGGCUUCAAUCUUGAAGCAUGCAAGGAGUACAAGCCCCUUAUUCUAUAUAACGCCAUCGACUCGCUAACCCGCAUCAUCAGAGCUCUAACCACACUCAAGAUUGACUUUCACAAUCCCGACCGCGCCUACGACGCUGUGCAGCUCUUUGCCCUCACGGGGCCAGCUGAGAGCAAGGGUGAGAUCACGCCAGAGCUGCAGGGGGUCAUGAAACGUCUGUGGGCCGACUCAGGGGUCCAGGAGUGCUUUCAACGAUCCAAUGAGUAUCAUUUAGAGGACAACACUGCCUACUACCUGAAUGACCUGGACCGCAUCUCAGCCUCUGAGUACAUUCCGACCGUUGAGGACAUCCUACGAUCUCGUGACAUGACCACUGGCAUCGUGGAGAACAAGUUCACCUUCAAGGAGCUCACCUUUAAGAUGGUGGAUGUGGGUGGACAGCGUUCAGAGAGAAAGAAGUGGAUCCACUGUUUUGAGGGCGUCACUGCAAUCAUUUUCUGUGUUGAGCUUAGCGGCUAUGACCUAAAACUCUACGAAGAUAACCAGACGAGCCGCAUGGCAGAGAGCUUGCGUCUGUUCGAUUCCAUCUGCAACAACAACUGGUUCACCAACACGUCGCUCAUCCUCUUCCUCAACAAGAAGGAUCUGUUGGCUGAGAAGAUCAAACGCAUUCCUCUGACAGUGUGUUUCCCUGAUUACAAAGGUCAGAACACCUAUGAGGAGGCGGCGGUCUACGUGCAAAGGCAGUUUGAGGACCUCAACCGCAACAAGGAAACCAAGGAGAUCUAUUCCCACUUCACCUGUGCCACUGACACCAGCAACAUUCAAUUCGUGUUUGAUGCCGUCACGGACGUGAUCAUCCAGAACAAUCUGAAGUACAUUGGGCUGUGCUAGGGCCUGACACCUGGUGUGGGGGGUUUGGUGGAUCGGUAGAGCAGGCUGCCUGGCAGCAUCUGACCCACCACCAGGCUGGACAAACCAGAGGCAUGUCAGUCAGCCUCAAGGUUGAUCUCUAGAGGUGCAAGAGAGAACUGCAACCUAGUGAGACACUCGACUCUAACAACAAAACUGUUUCACCUGAAACAAAAAAGCUGAUGGUCUGCGGUCAAAAUGGAUUUUUUUUUUUUUACCCAAUGUGUUUGCACUGAAUAUGAGUAUGCAGAGACACACACACACUUACACACACACACAAACACACACACACACACUUACACACGCAAUCAAACCUUUUCUUUGCUCACAGAUCUUUGGAUCAAAAGUCAAGCACUUGUGUGACAAGGCAACACUGGAAGUUUUACACCCCCUACCUGCCAAACCUAAGAUUGACAAGUGCUGUAGGUCGGCUUUGCAGUUUUCUCUCCUCAAUUUUUUUUUGCCUGAGUCAAAUAAUGCUGCAUCACUGUAUGAAUAUUGACACAAUCGAUGUUCUCUUUUGGAUUUUCACCUAAAUAACACGUAUGUGACCAGUGAGUGCACCUGAUCAGAUGUAGAGAGAGAGGAGAAAAAAAAACAGUAAAUAUGAUGUCACAGGGUUUCUGCCUGAAGAGGAAACUGCCACACAAGCUGAAAUGAAAUACAUUUCUAACACUCUGUCUGUUUUCCCCGUUUGACUCUCUGCUCUUCUGUUUCUCCAUGUUCUUUUUUUAAAAAAACUUUUAUUUUAACUUUUUGUGCUUUAAAAACAACAAAAAGAAAUGUCUCUCAGACCUGCCGUUUACAGCAGGCAACUGACUUAUGUGACCAGGAGUGUUAGGCACGAUAAAUUCAAAAGUAUUCUUAACGAUCAUUCCAGCAAGAGAGCGCAAAAAACAGUGCCAAGAUUGGUUGUAAAUAAACCAGAUCCUGUUAUGUUUUCUUUUUUUUUUUUUUGAUUAUUUUUAUGAAAAAAUACAUUCAAACAUGCAUGAUUUUGUUACUUUGGGAUACUAAUAUAUUUUCUUUGAGGCUAUGUUCCUCCUUUCUUAAGUUCAAAUAAUAUAUUCCCAAAAAAUAUAUAUAUAUAUAAAAUUCAAACACUGUGUACUGAGUGUACAGUUGUCAGAGAGGAAUAUAUUGAAAAUAAUGAUAUCAACAUAAGUGAUUAUGAUGUUUUAUAGGACGAGUAUAAAAAUGACAGUGAUGACGUGAAACAGCUCACAGAUCAACAGAGAACAAGACUGUAGAAAUAUAUAAAAACAAAGAUGCAAACGUCGACACUUCAAAGUUCCCUGCAUUACCUUGAUGCAAAAUUUGUUGAAGAGUCAGUCAGUAUGAUGUGUAAAUAUACUGUAAGAUUCAGACUUUGUUUAAAAAAUAAAAUAAAAUGGAUGGGUUGGGUUGUAAUGAGCAAAAGAGAGAGAGAGAGAGAGAGAGAGAGAGGGAGGGAGAGAGAAGGAGGAUUUUAAACCCACUCCACCUCUUCCUUCUGCUCUUUUCCCUCCUCCUCAAAGCCUUCUUUUCAUUUAGAGGGUGAAGUACAAACAACUCAGCUAAGGGCUUCAGGCUUGACUUUAUGGGAUAUCCACUUCAACAAAAGAGAACCAGAUAAAAGAGGAAAAAAAGAACAACAUCUAUGAAUAAAACAACUUAUGCAAAUUUCCAUGGUGUAGUAAAUGUGUUUUGGGGUGUAUGGACUUUUCUUUUUCCUCUCAUAAGUAUUAAGACUCACAGCAGUUUGAAACUUGAAUGCAAAUAAACUCAUGUGCAAAAAAUAAA